GACCAGGAUGGCAGAGGUUGUUUUGGUAGGGUGAAAAGGAGGAUGGGUCAGUGGAUGUCAGCUGUUGCAUAUAAUGGUCAGUCCAUCCCUCCUGGACUCACUUCCUCCUUCCCUCUCUUCAUCUGUGUUGGUCUAGCUCUCAGCUCACAAACUUAAAGCCAUCAUGUCCAAGUCGUCCCAGCUGCAGCAAGGAAUGGCAAUGCUCAUCGCUACCUUUCAUAAAUACUCUGGCAAGGAGGGAGACAAACUUACUCUUUCCAAAGGAGAGCUACAAGACCUGCUCAAAAAUGAGAUGGCAGACAUCUUUGGCAAAACCACAGAUAAAACGGCACUGGACAAGAUAUUUAAGGACCUAGAUGCUAAUGCGGAUGGUUCUGUUGACUUCCAAGAGUAUAUCACCCUUGUGGCCUGCAUUACCAUGCUGUGCAACGAAUUCUUCACACAAAAGUAAUACAUGGCUGACCCAUAACAACCAAAACAAUGUAAAACACACCAUUUGUUUAUGUAUAUUUUUUGUUAUUUUGAUAAACAGAAAAAAAAUGUUUGGCAUCUUACAAUGAUAAACGAAUGGAACAGAUUGUUUGAAAUAAACUAUUUUAAUACGAAUUAAAGAACUGUGUUGAAUAAAA